CAUGGACACCAUGCAUUCUGUUGAACUGGCAUGCUUAGAGCCUCACAUAAGCUUUAAACCUCCCGUGUAUGGAGUAGCCGUAGGUGACAGUAGGAAGAAACUAGCAAACAAAUUCGUACGCUCACAGCAAAAAUUGAAGGAGUCAGACUCUUCUUUUUACCUCGGAGACCUUGGACAAAUUGUACGAAACUUGCAAAUGUGGAGGAAACAUAUGCCUCAAAUCAGACCGUACUACGCCAUGAAGUGCAACCCCUCACAGCCAGUGAUACAACUGCUAGCGUCGUUGGGUGUGGGCUUCGAUUGUGCCAGCGGGUUUGAAAUUGAAAGUGCCUUAAAAUGCGGAGUUCAACCAGAUGACAUUCUUUUUGCCGUUCCAUGCAAGAUGUCUUCUCAUAUUAAGUAUGCUUGUCAAACCGGUGUUCGUACCAUGACUUUUGACAACGCCGACGAGCUGCACAAAAUUAAACGAAUUCACCCAACUGGAAAGUUACUCCUGCGAUUACGGGUAGAAUACUGUGGAAUAGGAAUAAAAAUGGAUGACAAAUUUGGCGCAUCAAUGUCAGAAGCCGAGAAGCUGAUAUUGCUGUGCAAAGAGCUGAAAUUGAAUUUGGCUGGGAUUUGUUUUCACCCUGGAAGUGGAAGCAAUUCGUUUGACCCGAUUGACCGCAGUCUACAACAAUGUAGAGAAUUAUAUGAUUUCGCCAACUUGAAUGGAAUUGACCUGAAAAUCAUCGAUAUAGGCGGUGGACUCGUUUGUACCGAGAGUUUUAUUAAGGUUAGUUUCCAAAUUACUACUGCUGUUAACAAGCUGUUUCCGCCGGAAACCGGGGUAAAAGUGAUUGCUGAGCCCGGCACGUUUCUCGUGGAAAAUGCAUUCUCCUUCGUAACAAAUGUGCAUGGUAAAGCGCUCGUUGGUGACACCGCGAAGUAUUACAUAGGAGCUGGAGUUUUUACAGCAUUUAAUUUAAAGUUUUUCGAGGAAUUUAAAAGAAUCCCAGAAAACCUGUCCCGCGAGGCAGAAAAAGGUAAAUAUUACAGGACAAGUGUAUACGGACCGACUUGUGCAGGAGACGAUUGUGUCGUGGACAAUAUUAUGCUGCCGGAAGCUCAGAUUAAUGACUGGUGGAUCUUUGACAACAUGGGAGCUUAUUCGUCGUUAGUAAGCCUUGGUUUUAAUGGUUACAUGGUUUUAAAGGCUGGGUUUUACAUCUCGCAAGAUAUAUGGCAUGAAAUCGCUGAAAAAUUAGACCCCAAGUGUCCAUUAUUUGAGCAGUACCGGCAACAUCAGAAACUGGACUGUGAAUAAGGUCCUGUAUGUGGUGUAGUUGUUCAUCGUUGAUCUAUAUUCGGAGAAUGUUUUAUUGUUGCGAAUUGGUACACAGACUAUUUCAAAUCAGUUUUAUUAUAUAAAGAUUGUGAUUUGUGACAAAUCGAACUAUUAUUGUAUA